ACAGAAGUCAAUGGAUUUGCAAAGCCAAUGGUUUAUUAUUAUAAUGAUACGCAAUUAUUAUAGGAGUACGUUAUUAAAAAUGAAAGCACAAAUGCAAAGUUAUAAGUUAGUCUCCAUAAAUUUGUUUUUAAAGCGAUCGAUAGCCACAAAGAAAUUGCAAGAAAAGCUGGAGGAUAGUUAUAAAACGCUAAACAUACCAGUAUAUUCAAAACAAGAAGUGGCUCGCCAAGCAUUCUUAGAUCUUGCCAAAAAGUACCAUCCAGAUUCUUGUUCGUCUGAGGCAGAUAUAGAGAAGUUUGUCGCCGUAGAAAAUGCGUUUCGUGCGAUAUCGAAGUACAACACUGGAUCAUCUAACAGUGAGGAGGUGGAGACGAUUGUUUACAACAUAAAGCAUACGGCACCACAACAUCGUCAGUAUUUAAGUUUUGAGGGUGUCGGACAUGGAACCCCUUCGCAACGUCAGAAACAGUGGGUGCAGGCAAGAGCCCAAAAAGCCGCUACUAAUGUUAUGGAGCACAGAAUAUCUAAGGCAGUUGCCUCAGACAAAACACUUAUGAAGAAAGGUGGUACAAAGAAACAUGAUAUCAAAACAAAAUAUGGGUUUGAUAGAUUAGUUGAGGAUUUGAUACAGGAAUCUAUGUCUAAAGGAGAGUUUGAAAACCUUAGUGGCAAGGGAAAACCUCUGAAAGACCAAAAUAGAAACCCGUAUGUGGAUUUUACAACACAUAAGUUAAAUGAGGUGCUAAUCAACAAUGGAUUCACACCAGAAUGGAUAACAAUGAACAAAGAAAUAGAACAAGAUAUAGAGCUCCUCAAGGAAGAGAUUAAAAAGGACCGCAUGUUUUUGGGUAGAUAUCCACUCAGCGACAGUGACAGUGCUAAGUGGCAGAAGAUAUACGAUAGUAACAAAGACCUAGCCAACUCGAUAAACAUAAAAAUAAACACUUAUAACCUUAUUGUUCCCCUACUCAAUAAGCAGAGGUUACAUGUAGAUUUUGAUAAGAUUUCUAAUGAUAUACUCAUAAAUGGUUUACAUUCUGUGGCUAAAACUAUUAAAGAAACAUCAAAACCUGACCAGCAAAUAGUAACAGAGGGUGAUGAUAUAAUAGGAGUGAUAUUGAAAGCUAUAGGAGAACUAUUCUCUUUCAAAGAUAAGAAGAAAGAUGUUAAUUAGUUUGUCAUUAUAUUUUUAUGUUUUGUUGUUUUUAAAGUUUAGUUAGAAGGAAAUUACUGUGAUAUUUGACUACAGAAAUAAAAAAAUAUUUUUUAAA